CGCCUGCCACUGAGUGCCUCGCUCGCUUUCUCCGACCUCACCGAGGAGAUGCUGGACUGCGGCCCUGGUGGCUUCGUGCGAGAGCUGGAGGAGCUGCGCUCUGAAAACGACUAUCUCAAGGAUGAGAUCGAGGAGCUGCGGGCAGAGAUGCUGGAGAUGCGGGACGUCUACAUGGAGGAGGACGUGUAUCAGCUGCAGGAGCUGCGGCAGCAGCUGGACCAGGCCAGCAAGACCUGUCGCAUCCUGCAGUACCGGCUACGCAAGGCCGAGCGCCGCAGCCUCCGUGCCGCCCAGACCGGCCAGGUGGACGGCGAGCUGAUCCGGGGCCUGGAGCAGGAUGUCAAGGUCUCUAAGGACAUCUCUGUGCGGCUGCAUAAGGAGCUUGAGGCGGUGGAGAAGAAGCGGGCACGGCUGGAAGAAGAGAACGAGGAACUUCGGCAGCGCCUCAUUGAGACCGAGCUGGCCAAGCAGGUGCUGCAGACAGAGCUGGAGCGGCCAAGAGAGCAUUCCUUGAAGAAAAGAGGAACCCGAUCUCUGGGGAAGACAGACAAGAAGCCUUCCAUGCAGGAGGACAAUGCAGACUUGAAGUGCCAGUUGCACUUUGCAAAGGAGGAAUCAGCCCUUAUGUGCAAGAAGCUCACCAAGCUGGCCAAGGAGAACGACAGCAUGAAGGAAGAGCUGAUCAAGUACCGCUCGCUCUAUGGCGAUCUGGACAGCGCCCUGUCCGCUGAGGAGUUGGCGGACGCACCCCACUCGCGUGAGACAGAACUGAAGGUGCAUCUGAAGCUGGUGGAGGAGGAAGCCAACCUGCUGAGCCGCCGCAUCGUGGAGAUGGAGGUGGAGAACCGAGGCCUGAGGGCCGAGAUGGACGACAUGAAAGAUCACGGCGGGGGCUGUGGGGGCCCAGAGGCGCGACUGGCCUUCUCUGCGCUGGGUGGCAGCGAGUGCGGGGAGAGCCUGGCAGAGCUGAGGCGACACCUGCAGUUCGUGGAGGAAGAGGCGGAGCUACUCCGACGCUCCUCCGCGGAACUCGAGGAUCAGAACAAGCUGCUGCUGACCGAGCUGGCCAAAUACCGCUCGGAGCACGAACUGGACGUGACACUGUCAGAGGACAGCUGCUCGGUGCUCAGCGAGCCCUCGCAGGAGGAGCUGGCCGCUGCCAAACUGCAGAUCGGUGAGCUCAGCGGCAAGGUCAAGAAGCUGCAGUAUGAGAACCGCGUGCUCCUGUCCAACCUCCAGCGCUGUGAUCUCGCCUCCUGCCAGAGCACCCGACCGAUGCUGGAGACCGACGCCGAGGCGGGAGACUCUGCCCAGUGUGUACCCGCUGCGCUGGGUGAGGCCCAUGGACCGCAUGCUGCUCGGCUGUGCAGAGCCAGGGAGGCCGAGGUCCUCCCUGGGCUGAGGGAGCAGGCGGUUCUGGUCAGCAAGGCCAUUGACCUCCUGGUGGCUGAUGCUAACGGUUUCUCUGCUGGCCUCCGUCUGUAUCUGGACAAUGAGUGUGCUGACUUUCGGCUGCGUGAGGCCCCUGACAACAGUGAGGGCCCCAGGGACACCAAGCUCAUCCAUGCCAUCUUGGUGCGACUGAGCAUGCUCCAGCAGGAGCUCAACGUCUUCACGCGGAAGGCAGACAGCGUCCUGGGGAGCGCUGCCAAGGAGCAGCCAGAACCCUUCUCCUCACUGCCCCCCUUGGGCUCCCAGGGGCCCUCCAAGGAGCUUCUUCUAGCCAAAGACCUUGGCUCAGACUUCCAGCCGCCUGACUUCAGAGAUCUGCCGGACUGGGAGCCCAGGAUCCGAGAGGCCUUCCGUGCUGGUGACUUGGACUCCAAGCCCGAUCCCAGCCGGAGCUUCAGACCCUACCGAGCUGAAGACAACGAUUCCUCCUACGCCUCUGAGAUCAAGGAGCUGCAGCUGGUGCUAGCCGAAGCCCAUGACAGCCUCCGGGGCCUGCAAGAACAGCUGUCUCAGGAGCGGCAGCUUCGGAAGGAAGAGGCAGACAACUUCAACCAGAAAAUGGUCCAGCUGAAGGAGGACCAACAGAGGGCGCUCCUGAGGCGGGAGUUUGAACUGCAGAGUCUGAGUCUCCAGCGGAGGCUGGAGCAGAAAUUCUGGAGCCAGGAGAAGAACAUGCUGGUGCAGGAAUCCCAACAGUUCAAGCACAACUUCCUGCUGCUCUUCAUGAAGCUCAGAUGGUUCCUCAAGCGCUGGAGGCAGGGCAAGAUUUUGCCCAGCGAGAGGGAUGACUUCCUAGAGGUAAAUAGCAUGAAGGAGCUGUACCUGCUCAUGGAGGAGGAGGAGUUAAACGCCCAGCAUCCUGAUAACAAGACCUGCGUGGGGGACAGCUGGACCCAAAACACGCCUAACGAGUACAUCAAGACACUGGCUGACAUGAAGGUGACCCUCAAGGAGCUGUGCUGGCUGCUCCGGGAUGAACGCCGUGGUCUGACCGAGCUUCAGCAGCAGUUUGCCAAGGCCAAGGCCACUUGGGAGACAGAGAGGGCAGAGCUUAAGAGCCAUACAGCUCAGAUGGAGCUGAAGGCUGGCAAGGGGGCUGGGGAACGGCCGGGGUCCGACUGGAAGGCAGCCCUGCAGAGGGAGCGUGAGGAGCAGCAGCACCUCUUGGCUGAGUCCUACAGUGCUGUCAUGGAGCUGACGCGGCAGCUGCAGAUCAGUGAGCGCAACUGGAGUCAGGAGAAGCUGCAGCUAGUGGAGCGGCUGCAGGCUGAGAAGCAGCAGGUGGAGCAGCAGGUAAAGGAGCUGCAGAACUGCCUGAGCCAGCUGCAGAAGGCUGCUGACCCCUGGGUCCUGAAGCACUCAGACAUGGAGAAGCAGGACAACAGCUGGAAAGAGACACGCAGUGAGAAGAUCCACGACAAGGAGGCUGCUUCUGAAGCUGAGCUUGGGGGAACCGGCUUAAAAAGGACCAAAUCAGUUUCUUCUAUGUCUGAAUUUGAAAGUUUGCUUGACUGUUCCCCCUACCUUGCCAGUGAAACUACCCGAGGCAAGAAGCUGCCAAACAACCCUGCAUUUGCUUUUGUGGGCACGCAACCUGUGGACCCAGAGAAGGACACCCAGGAACAGCCGGGGCUCUCUGCAGCGGGCUGCCGGGAGCCGGUGGGCAGGCAGAUGCAGCGCAGCUACACGGCUCCAGACAAGACAGGCAUCCGAGUCUAUUAUAGCCCCCCGGUGGCCCGGCGCCUGGGCGUCCCCGUGGUCCACGAUAGGGAGGGAAAGAUCAUCAUCGAGCCCGGUUUCCUUUUCACCACAGCCAAGCCCAAAGAGUCCACGGAGGCCGAUGGGCUGGCUGAGAGUGCCUAUAGCCGGUGGCUCUGCAAUUUCUCACGGCAGCGCCUGGACGGGGGCUCAGGGGGUGGCCCCUCGACAUCUGGGCCUGGCUUCCCCCCAGCCCUACAUGACUUUGAGAUGUCAGGCAAUAUGAGCGACGACAUGAAGGAGAUCACCAACUGUGUGCGCCAGGCCAUGCGCUCCGGCUCACUGGAGAGGAAAGUGAAGAGCACUUCCAGCCAGACGGUGGGCCUGGCCAGUGUGGGCACGCAGACCAUCCGCAUGGUCAGCGUGGGCCUGCAGACUGACCUGCCCCGCAGCAGCCUGCACAGCAAGAGCUGGUCACCCCGCAGCUCCUCACUGGUGUCUGUGCGCAGCAAACAGAUCUCCUCCUCCCUGGACAAGGUACACUCUCGCAUCGAGCGGCCAUGCUGCUCCCCCAAGUACGGCUCGCCCAAGCUCCAGAGGCGGUCUGUGUCCAAGCUGGACAACGCCAAGGACCGCAGCCUGUGGAACCUGCACCAGGGCAAGCAGAAUGGCUCAGCCUGGGCCCGCUCCACCACCACACGGGACAGCCCUGUGUUGAGGAACAUAAAUGACGGUCUCUCCAGCCUCUUCAGUGUGGUGGAGCACUCGGGGAGCACGGAGUCCAUCUGGAAAUUGGGCAUGUCUGAGGCCCGGGCCAAGCCUGAGCCUCCCAAGUAUGGCAUCGUGCAGGAGUUCUUCCGCAAUGUGUGUGGCCGGGCCCCAAGCCCCACCGCGGCAGCUGGAGAGGAGAGCACUAAGAAACCAGAGCCUCUCUCCCCAGCCAGCUACCAUCAGCCAGAGGGCAUGGCCAGGAUCCUGAACAAGAAGGCUGCUAAGCCAGGUAGCAGCGAAGAGGCCAGACUCACAGUGCUUCCCCAGGUGGGGAAGGAUGGUGUCCCCCGAGAUACAGAUGGAGCCACAGUCCUGCCCAAUGAGGAUGCUGUCUGCGACUGCAGCACCCAGUCUCUCGCCUCCUGCUUCGCCCGGCCGGCCCGCUCUGCCAUUCGCCACUCUCCUUCCAAGUGCAGGUUACACCCUUCAGAGUCUGGUUGGGGCGGGGAGGAGAGGGCAGUGCCCCCCAGCGAGUGAGAGGGCAGCUGAGCUCCCCGCCUCAACCAGCCCCGUUCCUGGAUAGCGAAGGGAACCAGCAGAGAGGAGACGGGGUGAGGGGCCUGUACCCUUGGCUUCACCUCAUCCUGGAGGACAGCAGCUGCACCACUGCCACAGAACUGCGUUCCCAUCAAGGUAAAGCAGGGUUUCCUGCUGACCACUGGGUGGUGACCUCCAGCCUCCCCGGGGAAGGCAGCAAGCGGGAGAAAGACCAAAUCUGGGCUUCGGAAGCCUCUACAGAGAGAUCCAUUGAGAGCCGAUCUGUUGGGAGCCAAUCUCUGGUCCUAUAGGAGAGCCUUGCUUGGUUCUACACAUGUCCACUUCUCAGAAAAACCAAGGAAAGGAUACGCUCUGGCUGUGCCCCUCAGGGAAAGGGUUCACAGAGCUGUACCCUGCCAACCACAUCCACCUUUCCUGAGAGGAAACCCCGAUAAGAACAGGCUUUGCUCUAAGGCUCAGCUUGGGGUUUCAGGUGGGGCUGGGCUCGGUGUCAUCCCCCAAUCCUUCUUUCCCACUGUCCUCUCCUCCCAGCCCCACUGCCCUGGUGCUGCGACCCAGGGGGAAUGAUAGGGCAGUAGCCACUACCAAGUGUCUGCUGGAGUCCUGGAUCUCCCUGCCUGUAGCUCGGAUGCAGCAAGGACUGGAAGACGAGAUGGGAAUGUGUAGGGCUCAGGGUUGGGAAGACACUGCAACCGCCUCCUUUGCAAAGGUGACUUGGAGGCCCCAGCCUUUCUAGGAACUCACUGAGGACAGAAAUAAUCAGUCUCAAGAUCUGUGCACAGAUACAUGCCUACAUGCCCACUGCCUUGAUUGCUGGGGCAUCUUUCCCCAGCACCUUGGAAGGGUACCCCCACUGUGUUUACAUUCUACGACUAGUGGAGGACAAAGAUAUUCCUGCUAAGAGACUCCCACUGGCCAGGUUAGGCCAACGAACACUCCAGUGCAUCAGGACAUGGUGGUAGAAUAGAGCCUGGAAACACAUUUCUUGCCUAGGCUGUUCAUUGGAUUUUUUUUU